CUUCAAACACUUCGGCUUCAACUGUCGCGCUGUUGAUACUGUGAUCUGUUACCUUACUAAAAAACCUAGUUCCCUGUGUGGGUUAGUUAGAGUUCAACUAAAUAAGUUAGCUUGUUACAUUACAUUAAUAUAACUAGGUAGAGAGUGAGCGCGAUAUUAUGGAGACAGAUGACAGUUUAAACCCUCGGAACACAGACGCGACAAUAAGCGCUUCUCAGACACAAAGUGCGCUGGAUGAAGAUGUUAGAAAUCAGACCCAGGCAGAUAUCUGCUCAGAUCAGGAGGAACCAUCUGAAAGAAUGGGGCAGGUGAGAAUCAGCCCUCAGGAACAAGAAGCAAUCAAAGCUGAUGACGAUGUGGGAAACUCCACAGCUACAGUUAAAGUCUUACUUAUGCCAGAGGGACACAUGAUGACUGUGGCUUUUAUGAUUGGCCUCACCACUGAAGACCUGAAGAAUCAUUUUGCCAACGAGCUGAGAGUACCCUCUGACGUUAUUCAGCUCACACUUAAUGGUAAUUCUGCAGAGGAUCACCAGACCCUGAUGAACCUUGGGGUGCAACCACAUGCCACAGUCCAGUUCGAAUUGAGCUCAUUAGAUCCUGAAAAUUACCCCAUCAAGCCAGUUAAACCCCAGCAGGAAUGCAACAUGCCUGAUGUCAUUACUGUCAAAGUACAGACAGAUGCGGAUACCUAUCAGGACGUGGUGGUUGAGAUUGAAAGAACCACUCGAAAGAACCCUUUCUUGGGAGGAUAUCGCCACAAAGUCACUAAAACUGAGUACCACCAUGCUGGAGUACAGACUGUGGCCAGGAAGAGGCCUGAUAGAGGAGUGGAGAUGUUCAGCAGAGACACACAGACAGUGCAGGUAAAGAACCAGGCUCAGCAGUGCACCAUCACCACAUCGACUCAGAUGACUAAACCUGGGUGCUUCAUAUCCAACAUGAAGGACAAACUCAUCACACCAGGGAGAUACGUCACUGCAGACGAAUACCACAGCAAGAGGCUCAACGCUGUAAUAAUUAUCCAGUCACACACCAGGCGCUGGCUGGCCAAACGACUGACCACGCAGCUGAGGCUGAAUAAGGAGCUGCGUCUGGCUUGGAUGGAGAAGGAGGAGAGACGAAAGGAAGAAGAGAAGCAAGAGCGGAUUAGAGCUGAAUACCACCGGAGAAUGAACCCAGAGAAAAAAGAAGACUUUGCACUGCUUUAUAAUGCACUGGAAAAUUGGAGAAAAGAACAAGCGGAGCACAUUAAUGCCACUCUGUGUGGAGCAGAACGGAAGGACGCUCUGUGUGCCCUUUUGGAGCAGGAGACGCAGUUCAUUGCAUCUAUUGAAAGCCACCGGAUAGUCGCGGGAGAGAGGAGCCAGGAGAAGGCAGUGCAAGCGUUUCUCAACAAGUGUGCUGCCCCUAAGCAGUGGCAAACGUCUGAUGGGAAAAUGACCCAGAUGGAUACACCACACACCAUUAGGGCCAGAGAGCUUCGGGAUCUCUAUGGCAGCAUCAUCCUUAGCUGUCUGAGCCAGGAGGAGCGUCUUGAUGUUCUGCUUACACUCAAACAUACUGUCAAGGAACAUGACUGUAAGCUGACUCGAGAGAUGGUGGAAUUGAUUGACAGAGAGACCGAUCUGCUCAUGAGAGGUGUGAAGGAGAGUAAUCUAGAGGGGCUGAGGAAGAGGAUUGCCACACUCUUCCUCCAGUACAUCAAAAACCCCACUUUCAACCCCCAGGUGUCCAAACUGCUGCGGGUGCCACAAGACCCAGAGCAGCUAAGGAAGAAUGUCAAUUUUUGCCGUGGCUGCAGUAAAUUCCUGCCCAGCUCUGAGUUCUCCCUGACCGUCAACACACGCAUGGUGGGUCUUUGCCAUCACUGCAAAGAGCUGGACAAUGAGGCUCGGCAAAGGGAAGACAUCUCCUAUUAUAAGACCAUCCUCGAACAUUUGCGCAAGGAGGAAUCGGAACUCAAACCGGAUGCCAAGAUCCCGUACCUCCUACAGGAGCAGGAUCUGCGCUAUCUUGUGGAUGUGGUAUGGGGUGCUCGGUGUGCAUUGAGUGGGUGUAGCAACCUGAAUGACCUGCUGAUGGUGCGCUGGGACAGGUGUUGUGAAUGGAGCCCCUGGAACUGCAUUCUGCUUGACAAGGACAAGGCAGCUGCUCACCUCAAACUUGAUAUCAUAGAGAAGACAUAUGCCACCGUUUUUAUCUGCGACAUCAAGCACAAACACGCUUUGGCACAGAAACACUUCUCCCAGAUCCCCGUGAUGGCGGAGUAUCUCCACGAUGUGAACUCACAGCCUGUUGCCCACAGCCACCUGCUGGUCACCAAACCCAUCACUAUAGGGACCAAGUAGUCCAAUGCCUACAGCUGCAUCUCAGCCUCUUUGUCUAUUUAUUUCAAGCACCAUAAAGAAAGCAAUAUAAUUGGUUACAGCCGUUUCACACCGACGACUUGUUGAUAUACAGGAACCUGAUUAGUGGAAGUGACUCACUCUGUGUCAGAUUGUUAAACGUGUAAUAAAAGUCUUUUUCCUCAUAAAACUGUAUUAUUUGCUCCAUUGCCUGUGAUUUUCUUGCCAUAAGGAUAUAUGCCUAUAAUUUCAACAUAAAGCAGGUAAGCACAGAUUUAAAGUACAGAGUAUAAAGUACAGCAUUCAUGCAGGAAUUGUACGCUAUAAAUACAAGGUUUCCAUCAAACUAAUUUCUUUCUACUUAAAAUAUAAUGGCGUGUACUAAUUAUGCCAGCAUAAGAAACAUAGCCACGGUUAUAACUGGAAGAUGGAUGAUUCACAAUAUGCAAUUAGAGCCAAAAGGUCAAGAAUCUGUUCUUGUGUCUUAUUAAUUACACAUUACUUACAAAAGUCAGAGUGAGGUGUUUCAAUUUCCUCUCUGUAAUGGACUGAAGCUGUAAAAACCCUUUUAGAGAAAUCUUUUCAGAUUUUUUUGUAGCCUUGGUCUUUUACCUCAGAAAUUCGGUUUUGUCUUCACUCUAUUGUUUUAAAGCUAC